AACGCACAGAAUACGCACACUCUAGACCUCCUCCUGGCAGCCUCCUGGUAUGACUGGACGGACAAUCGGUCUCCUAUAUCGUUGCUAUGCUUACUUGGCGUCGGAUGUAAGAGUGUUUCUAACUUCAAUAGUUUCGACCUACCAAGGCAGACUCAAGCUAACGGUGGAGCAACGGUGGAGUAUAAAGCAGUGAAUAUGCCAACCAUAUUGACCUCUACAAUCCAGCACCCUGUCCUUUGUUCAGGUUUGCUAUACCAAUGACAGCGUUCACUAGCACUCCUCUCGAAGACAUCCCUGAGAUCCGGGAUGCCCUUUUGAAAGGCUUUGACUCUGGAAAGACGAAGCCUAUCAAGCACCGCAAGGAACAACUGCUACAACUCGCGUAUCUCUUGAAAGACAAUUACCAACGCUUCCUCGAUGCAUUGACCAAAGAUUUGGGGCGCCCUGCACUUGAAGCAGACUUUAUGGAAAUGACCUCAACCUUGGGCGAUAUCCACGAUUCGUAUAACAACGUUGGGAAAUGGGCCAAGGAUGAGAAGGCUCCCUUCUCUGCGCUUUGGUACUUCAUGAAUCCCACCGUUAGGAAGGAACCGAAAGGCGUAGUCUUGAUCAUAGGGCCUUUCAACUUCCCUAUCCUGUGCCUCCUUAUGCCCCUGGCUUGUGCGCUCGCGGCUGGGAAUACGGUCUUGCUUAAGCCGUCGGAACUCUCGACUGCCAUGUCAGAUUUAAUUGCUGAACUAGUACCCAAAUACUUCGAACCUGACGUCGUACGGGUUGUCCAAGGCGGAAUUCCUCAGACAACCAAACUUAUUGAGUAUCCCUGGGGUCAUAUUUGCUAUACAGGCUCACCACGGGUAGCCAGAAUUAUCGCUCACGCUGCAGCCAACACACUCACGCCUGUUACAUUCGAGCUUGGAGGCAAGAAUCCUACCAUCGUUGACGCUAAGGCCGACCUGAAACUUGCUGCCAGAAGGAUAUUAUGGGGUAGGGAUGUAAAUGCCGGUCAGGCAUGUACUGCUCCGGAAUACGUUCUGGUUGUUCGCUCGGUCGAGGAGGAAUUCAUCAAAGAACUUCAGAACACAUAUGCUUCAUUCUACGAAAACGACCCUUCCGGCUCCAAGUCAUUCUCUCGUAUCAUCACGCCGGAGCACGCUUCUCGUAUUGGGAACCUGCUUUCUGAGACGAAAGGGAAGGUAAUUGCUGGAGGAGAGGUCGAUCCGGAGCAUAAAUACAUCGCGCCUACCAUCGUGCGCGAUGUUCCACCCGACGACUCCUUAAUGAGCGAGGAGGUAUUCGGGCCCGUGCUUUCGAUAAUCCCAGUGAAUAAUAUCGACGAGGCGAUCGCGUUCGCUAAUGCACGAGACCAACCAUUGUGCGUCUACAUUUUCACUCAAGACAAGAACGUGAAAAAGAAAGUCAUAGAGAAUACGAGGUCUGGUGCCGUUGUCGUCAAUGAUGUGGUCAUUCACCCAGCAGCGACCGGACUUCCGUUCGGCGGGACAGGUCUCAGUGGAUAUGGAAGCAUGACCGGAAAGUGGGGAUUCAACACAUUUACUCUCUUCAGGGCUCUAUUGGACAGCCCGGGAUGGCUUGAUACAUUGGUUCUAUGGCCUCGUUUCCCUCCAUACACUGACGACAAGUACCGUAGGAUCAAGACGUUAUCCGCGUACAAGUUCCCUCCUCCACCUGGUAGUGCUGAAGCAUCCAAACGCAAAUGGGGUUUGUACGCUCUGAUCGCUGUGUUCGGCGCAGUCGCGGCUCAGGCCGUCUUUGGUCGGAGAGUUGGUUAUGUCUUCGGUUCGGCCCAGAACUAGAUGUAUCACUCAGCAUGAGACGGUCUGGCAUAAGAAUGUCGAGGUAGUCGGUAAAGUCGCUAUGUAGUCCCAUUUUGUAACACUAGUCAUUAAUUCGAUUUGUUC